AUGUUUACGGCAUUGCUGAUACUGGCAGUGACCUACUGUGGCCACAAUGUAUAUCGUGUGAAUGCUGCUACAAGCAGAUUAAUCCCAAGUUCGAUCCCAAAAAGUCCUCAACGUCUUCCUUGUGCUGUACAAGAAUGCCAGUGUAUCCCCACUUCUUGUUCACCUCGAAAUCUUUGCAGUUACGAUUAUGAGUAUGAAGACGAUUCAGUGACCGAAGGGGUAUUGGCCAAGGAGACAAACCUUGAGAUCCACCUCAGGGGAGGCUAUUUCAUUGAAAAACGUUGUGUUUGGCUGUGGACAUAA